CAGAAUUUCUAAAGACUACUUGAAGCCCUUAAACCACUUCUUCUCUAUCUUUAAACCACUCUGACUCUUCAAAUCUAGAAAGAGAAAAGAGAGGUUUAGAAAAAUCUCCAGGAAUUAACACUUAAACAAUAUUCCUUAAAACUCAUUCAUCUUCUCUCUAAAAUGAAGGAUGAUAAACCUCCACAACAACAUAAUCAUCAAAGAAAAAUUAUUACAAGGUUCAGUCAACCAUUAAUCUAUCUUCUUGUCAUCUCUCUAUCUUACACACUUGGUUACUUAUCAUCAUCAUCGUCAUCAUCGACAACUCAUAAUAUCACCACCACCGCCACCACUUCUAUACAACCAAGCCCACCUUCUUCUUCCUCGAGCAAAACCACCACCGGUACUGCCAAGUCAACGUUGUCCUCUAUACCCACCGAUUCAUUAGAUCAUUUUCGAUUUUUAACUCGUUGCGGUAAGCCAGUUUCACCGGAACUGAUUCGACAAACGCUUCUAUACAAAGUUUACAAUGGAACGUCGCCAUACAGUGAAUUCCCACCACCCCAUAUUAAUUCCCUGAUAAAAGAGAAAAGAAUCAAAGGUUGGGGAUCAAAAGGAGCUGUUUUUGAAAACUUGAUUCGAAAAGUUAAGCCAACAACUAUAAUUGAAGUGGGUACGUUUUUAGGCGCUUCGGCGAUUCAUAUGGCUGAGUUGACUCGUUCAUUAGGUCUCAAAACUCAGAUUCUUUGUGUUGAUGAUUUUCGUGGAUGGGCUGGUUUUCGAGAUGAACGAUUUAUGGAUAUUCAAAUGGUUAAUGGUGAUAUCAUGCUUAUGUAUCAGUUCAUGCAGAAUGUUGUUUACUCGAAUGCAACUGAGUUGAUUUUGCCGAUCCCCUUUUCAACUCAAUCGACACUUGACAAAUUCUGCGAGUGGGGUAUUUUAGGCGACCUGGUUGAGGUUGAUGCAGGUCAUGAUUUCCACUCGGCUUGGUCUGACAUAAAUCGGGCUUACAAAAUUUUACGGCCAGGUGGUGUCAUGUUCGGGCACGAUUAUUUUACAGCAGCGGAUGAACGUGGAGUUCGGCGAGCUGUCAACCUGUUUGCUCGAGUCAAUGGCUUUCGAGUUCAAGUUGACGGACAACACUGGGUCAUUGACUCAAUCUAGAUCAAAAUGGCUCACUGUCUCUAAAAGAUUCAACUUUGGAACAGUUGAGCCCACAAAAUGGCAUGUAAAUAUAAUACAGUAAUUUGAGAUUUGUUUGUUUGUUUUCCAGGGCUGUUGAUUAGUUCUUGUUGAUAUAUCAUCUUAUUGUGUAGAUUUUAGUUAGCUACUAGUAUACUGCAAGAUAACCCCAUUUGCACC